GAAGUUUCCGCGCUCCUGUGUGUACAUUGAGAGCAAGUUGCUAAUGUCCGGCGAUUGGGGACCGUUUCGUCUCCAGUCUGGAUUCAGCCGACUAGCUGCAACUCCAAUCUCGAGGUCAAUGUCGCGACCUGUUUUCGCAAUAGCUUAGCCUUUCGUGCGCCUCCACAAUCUGGCCACGAACCAGGGCGAGCGCGGCGAGCCGGGGCUUCCAUCUCCUUGCACAGCAUCUGCCGACCUCUGCCCUGCCUCUGACAAGGAUGUGUGAUAGCGAGCAUAGCUAUAACACAUAGCUAGGUUAGUUGUUUGGGGGCUGUUGGAGCAGACACGGGCCCUCGAGGCAGACAUCCAAGUGGCGAGGAUGCAGGCCCGCAGCUUCUUCCUUUUGCUCGCGGUUGCCAUGGCCUACGUCGGCAUGGCUGCUGGCCAGGACUGUGCCGCCUCCUACCUAACGCCGCACCUGUUCACCGCUGCCGACGGCUCGGCGGGGCCGCAAGUGGUGUGCUCGCCAAAGCCCAACUUCAUAAGCAACAGCAACCUCAUCGACUGGAGCAUCGGCUGGAACACGGCACAGCUGCCCGCCGCCUUCACGACCUCCGGCUUCACCGUAGAGCUGCCACUCUACGGCCCGCUCCUCAACUCCAGCAGUAGCAGCGGCAGCGGCAGUAGCGACGGCAGUGACGGCAGUAGCAGUAGCACGGCGCCGCAGGUGCAGAUCCGGCCGGGCUGGUACCGCCUGGUCUUCCUGCCGAGCGACGCAUCCGUCGGCGUUACCGUCAGCGCCGCCAUCCUGGAGGGCGGGCCCGCCACCGACGGCGGCGGCAGUAGCAGCAGCCCCGGGCCCGGCAGUAGCUACUACAGCAGCGGCUACGGCCGGCUUCACGACGGCCUGGCACCCACGCCCGCCUACGCGCCGCUCAUUUACCUCUCCGGCGGCGUGGCGGGUCUGCAGCUCACCGUGUCGGUGCCGCCGAACGCGCCGCCGGCGCUGUCCGUCGCCUUUAGGGUGGAGUCGGCGGCAAACGUCGUCCCCGCCUGCACGGCGCCCGCGGUGCCGCUGGUGAUCGCCGGCGGCACUGCAUCGCUGGGCUCCUGCCUCACCAUCACUGGCGGCGGCGGCGGCGGCGGACGGCAGCCCACAAGCUUCUCAUUCUCCUUCCAGGUCUUCCUGUCCGGCCUGUCUGCAAGCUUCAAGUCCAAGGCCGUAACGGCGGCGAUGCUGCCGAUCCCGCUCCCCGGCGGCGCCGCCAUGCCUGUCGGCGCCUACACAGUCAAACUGCUGCUAACAACCAAGCCCGCAGGCGCGGCGGCCGCCGCCACCGUCACCGCCACGCUCUGCGAUGCCGGCAGCGGCGGUGGCGCCGCCGCCUGCGGCGACGGUUACAGCGGUCGGCAGUUGGUGUACGGCGGCAGCAGCAACAUCGGUACGGAUUCGGUUGGCUCCUGGGUGGCAGCGGCGUCCGGCAUUGGCGGCAUCGGGCUGGCAGUUGUGGCGGCGCCGGGAGCGCCCAGUGAGAUCAAGGUGGGAAUCAUGAUCGACGCCGUGUCGGUUGGCGGCGGCGGCAUUGCGUGGCCAUACCCGCCUCCGCCUCCGCCGCCUCCGCCGCCGGGCAACCCGUCUCCGCCGCCGCCGCAGCAGCCCACUGAUCCCAUUCCAACUCCAGCACCAUCACCAUCACGAACGCCGUCUCCCGCCCCCACGCCAAGCAACAGCUCCGGACCCGCCGGGCCCGGGCCCGGCACCGCGGACGCGCCUCCUGGCCAGGCGCCCCAGCCCGCCGCCCCACCACCUCCCCAGCCGGAACCCGCAACCUCGCCAUCGCCUGCAGAGGCUUCCUCGCCACCCGCGGUGGCGAGCCCAAGCCCAAGCCCGAGCCCAAGCCCAAGCCCAAGCCCAAGCCCAAGCCCAAGCCCAAGCCCAAGCCCAAGCCCAAGCCCAAGCCCAAGCCCAAGCCCUGGCCUGUCAACGCCGGACCCGUCCUCACCAGCGCCCGCGCCCUCGCCAGGCAGCUCUCCUCCGGAUGUGCCGCCGUCGCCGCUGCCGCCGCAGCAAUCUACGGCCCCACCUCCGGACGCUGCCGCCACUCCCGUGCCCUCGCCGUCGCCCUCGCCCUCGCCGUCGCCCUCGCCAGCGGGAGACCCAGCCGCCGCCGCAUCGCCGCCGCCUCCUGCAGAUGUGGUCUCGCUGCCGCCCUCCCCCGCCGACGUCGGCUCCUCGCCCCAGCCCCAGUCACAGCCGCAGCCGCCGUCGCCGCCGGACUCGGGCGCUGGCGGCUCCCAGCCGUCGCCCCCUCCUGCUGGAGACGGCGCCGCCGCCACCCCGCCUCCCACAGCCACAGACCCAGCUUCCUCGCCGCCACCGACGGGGGCGUCUGCGCCGCCCGGGACCCAGGCGCCGCCGCCGCUGCCACGGCCGCUGCUGCUACAGCCAUCAUCGUCAUCGUCUUCAGCACCGCCUGCUCCGCAGGAGCUGCAGGGCGGGCAGCUACAGCCUCCGGCCGGCUCGGCGGACGGAACGACACCCGCGGCGCCGGCUCCGCCGGUGCCGCCACUGGGACAGACUGGCGGCGGCGGCGGCAGCGGCAGCGGCGGAAACCUGGUGACGGAUGGCGGCGGUGCUACGUCUGGCGGCUCUGGGGGGCGCGGCAGUAGCACCAGCAACACCGGCGGAGGCGGAGGCGGCAGCAGCAGCGCGGCGCUUGUGCCGGCGCUGGCGACGGUGGUGCCGAUCUCGGCUGUGGCUGCAGCAGGGCUGGCGUUGCAUUGGUGGCGGCGCUCGCGGGUGAAGUGGACAAUGAUUGCGUGAUCGAUUGCAGAUUGAAAAGACAAACAAGACGGAUUGUGAUUCCACAGGCACAUGCCCGUUGCGUUAUAUGCAAUGAUGCGUCACCAGUUCUUUCUUUCGUCAGGAUGUAUGCGCAAUUGCGCAUGGUGUUUGGUGGGAGAUGGGUCAGCGGAAAUAAACACGCUUUUAAAAGUGAAGCAACGAGGAAUGAGGAAUGCGGGGGGGGGGGGAGCUUCACAGCAGUUGAACAUUGCGCAAAUCAGGGGCGCCGGGCGGAGUGUUCGGGUGAUGUGUUCUAUGUGUUGAGUGUGUAUGUGUGUGCAUGAUUGAUUAUGGCUCACCAAUGCCGGAAACGCAUCAGGCCAAACAAGCACAUACAGGUGGCAAGUACGACAUCCGAUUGCUCUGAUGUUUCAGCAGGGUGUGCGAUGGGACAGUGUCAAGGCAGGUUGGAUAUGUUUCAGCAGGGUGGAUAUUUUCAGCGUUCAUGACAAAGCAGGGAACUUGAAACGCAUGUGCGUUAUUGCCCUCAGGAUUGCACCCCGCCCUGGAUCGUGGUUACCCUGUGACCAGUCCGCCGAGACACGGACAUGCGCACAUGUCACACGUACGGGCCUGUGCGUGUCUGGAACCUUUUGAG